AUGAAUAUGGUGGAUAGUAUGGAGUACAGUGCACACGUCAAUGCUGGACCAAUCGAAGCUCUAGACAUACCUGGCCACGAGUCUCGCGAGUAUCGACUAGCGAAACGAGCGGCGAGGCUGGAACAACAUGUACUUUGGGUUCGACGUACAGAGAAGGUCAUCCCGUCCACGACGAGGUUUCGCCGUGGCCGGCCAGUGCGUAUCAGACUGAUGAACGUCUCGGAACGGACGGCGUACGUUCCAGCGUUCGAUAGACUGGCCGUGCUGGUUCCGAUCGGAGAUCUGCCGCGAGGCGUGGGCUACGUGCGCCUAGACUCCAAGAAGUACAAAGGCUGGCAAGUGCUUGCUUACGAGAACUGUCGCGGCCGACAGUUGUUCAAACGAGAGUGCGAGCUCUACGAACAAUGGCUGGCGACACAACCUCCAUCG